AUGCGUCUUCCAACCCUCUUCGCGGCCUGUUUCUGGCUCAUCAGCUGUGUUGCUACGUCGCCUCCCAGUCCGGACGAUGCCACUCCAAAAGGGAAUCAUGACGAACCUCGCCAGCCUUUCCCUAUUGCAUCCGGUCAUGAAAUCCAUCUUCCAUGCCACUCGUCCUCAAUUUGCGGCAGCAGCCCUACUGACAACUCCAGAUCAGACAAAUACCUCGCAUUGGCAAUCUCCACUGAGAAAGACUCACUAUUGGUGAACAACAACACCAUUCUGCCAGCUCGCCUCCCGAUGCGUCUGACCGCUACCAAACACUCGCGAUCACAGGAGACAGGAUCCGAAACACUAACUCUGCGCUACGGGAUGAACAUACUCCCCGUCCAACGAUUCCAAACCGGCCCCAUAGCCGACCAGUUUCGCCUGGAUAUCAUCCUGUUCGACGAGUCCGGACAUCCAACAGAUGCCAACAUGAUCUCCGUCGGUCUUUCCCGUGAUGGUCAAGGUGCUCUACGAAUCACAAUGAUUACAAUAAAUCCGAGUCCCGAAGCCUCCAAGUGCCAAGGCAAUGACUCCCCGAGGCAUGGUCACUCAACGCCUUCGGACCCAUCACCUCCGACAAAGCAUGCAGAUCGGAGUCAUGGCUCCGAGUCCAAGUCCCAGCUUCACAAAUGGCUCGAUGCUGGUCGGAGGUUCGGUGGGAAGACUUACGGAUCGUUCACGUCGGCGUUUAAACCGCGGCCUUGUAAGGCGCAUUGUUCCGACCGGUACUCGUAUCUACGCACUAGCCACGGACAUCAUCGGACGCCUUUAGUGGAUACCCUGCGCGUCUUUUACCCGGCUAUCCUCCCGUUCUGCCUUGGGGUCGUGGCGGGUGGUGCUAUUUGUCUGAUUGGGGUUAUGGUGCGUAAGUCUGCUGCUUACUGGUCUUGUGGGAAGAGAUGCGAAAGGGGGCGGGAACGUUCCGGUCCUCGGAAUGAAGGGGUCACUGCAAUAGAGAAGUCGUAG